CACCGGCCCUUAAAGUGGGCGAGGAGUGCGCAUUACUCAGGCGGGCGGCGGACCCACCAAAGGCCUUUACUAUUUGAAGAUUUCAGAGGCAGUCGGCAACUCGCGCGAGACGGAUAUAGUAUCCUCGCGAGAAGUCUAGGAGGCGGCCGUGAUGGCGGCGGCGGGAACGGGACCCGGACCCGGACCGGGAGUGGGUGCAGGACCUGGCCCAGCAGCGGCCGCAAAUGCAACAGCGAACGAGGAAGGGGAGAUGAAACCGGUGGUAGCGGUAGCAGCCGCCCCAGCUGGAGAGGGGACAUCUGCUGCUCCAGCAGCGGAGCCCGGUUCCGGAGAGGCCGAAAGCGGGGAUGCAAACUCUGUUGAUGUAAGUGGUGGUUUGGAGACAGAAUCCUCUAAUGGAAAAGAUACACUAACACAGGAAGGUGCUGGGGAUACUUCUGAGGCGAUGGAUACUCAAGCCGGCUCUGUGGAUGAAGAGAAUGGCAGACAGUUGGGAGAAGUGGAGCUGCAGUGUGGGAUAUGUACAAAAUGGUUCACAGCAGACACCUUUGGCAUAGAUACCUCAUCCUGUUUACCCUUCAUGACCAACUACAGUUUUCACUGCAAUGUGUGCCAUCAUAGUGGGAAUACCUAUUUCCUCCGGAAGCAAGCAAACUUGAAGGAAAUGUGCCUUAGUGCUUUGGCCAACCUAACAUGGCAGUCCCGAACGCAAGACGAACAUCCAAAAACCAUGUUCUCCAAAGACAAGGAUAUCAUACCAUUUAUUGAUAAGUACUGGGAGUGCAUGACGACCAGACAGAGACCUGGGAAAAUGACUUGGCCAAAUAACAUUGUUAAAACAAUGAGUAAAGAAAGAGAUGUAUUCUUGGUAAAGGAACAUCCUGAUCCUGGGAGUAAGGACCCAGAAGAAGAUUACCCCAAAUUUGGACUUUUGGAUCAGGAUCUUAGUAACAUUGGUCCUGCUUAUGACAACCAAAAACAAAGCAGUGCCGUGUCUACCAGUGGGAAUUUAAAUGGGGGAAUUGCAGCAGGAAGCAGUGGAAAAGGAAGAGGAGCUAAGCGCAAGCAGCAGGAUGGAGGGACCACGGGGACCACCAAAAAGGCCCGGAGUGACCCUUUGUUUUCUGCUCAGCGCCUUCCCCCUCAUGGCUACCCCUUGGAACACCCGUUUAACAAAGAUGGCUAUCGGUAUAUUCUAGCUGAGCCUGAUCCCCAUGCCCCUGACCCUGAGAAGCUUGAACUUGACUGCUGGGCAGGAAAACCUAUUCCUGGAGAUCUCUACAGAGCCUGCUUAUACGAGCGGGUUUUGUUAGCCCUACAUGAUCGAGCUCCCCAGUUAAAGAUCUCUGAUGACCGGCUGACUGUGGUUGGAGAGAAGGGCUACUCUAUGGUACGGGCUUCCCAUGGCGUACGGAAAGGUGCCUGGUACUUUGAAAUUACGGUGGAUGAGAUGCCACCAGACACUGCUGCUAGACUGGGCUGGUCUCAGCCAUUGGGUAACCUUCAAGCUCCUUUAGGUUAUGAUAAAUUUAGCUAUUCUUGGAGGAGCAAAAAGGGAACCAAGUUCCAUCAGUCCAUUGGCAAACACUAUUCUUCUGGCUAUGGACAGGGAGAUGUGCUAGGAUUCUAUAUCAAUCUUCCUGAAGACACGGAGACAGCCAAGUCACUGCCUGAUACUUAUAAAGAUAAGGCUUUGAUAAAGUUCAAGAGUUAUUUGUAUUUUGAGGAAAAAGACUUUGUGGAUAAAGCAGAGAAGAGCCUAAAGCAGACUCCCCAUAGUGAGAUAAUAUUUUAUAAAAAUGGUGUCAAUCAAGGUGUGGCUUACAAAGAUAUUUUUGAGGGGGUUUACUUUCCGGCCAUCUCACUGUACAAGAGCUGCACGGUUUCCAUUAACUUUGGACCAUGCUUCAAGUAUCCUCCAAAGGAUCUCACUUACCGCCCUAUGAGUGACAUGGGCUGGGGUGCCGUCGUAGAACAUACUUUGGCUGAUGUCUUAUAUCAUGUGGAAACAGAAGUAGAUGGGAGGCGGAGUCCUCCAUGGGAACCCUGACCAGGUCCCUCUUUCUUUGCAGACAUGGACUUUCUGGGGAAUAACAUUGGGUGACUUUCUUUUGUUUUUUUAACUGUUGCAAACGUUAUCCUGAAGAUACUGCAGAACAUAGCCUCUGCUGUUAGCAAGCUGAAAGGCUGGGUGGGACUGGGAGAGACUCCCUGCCCUUCAGUACUCUUCCUGUUUCUGGUGACUUCUUUUCAUUUUGUGUGCCAUAUGCCAACAACUGCUGACCCUAGGAUCCCAGAAGCUCCCUGUGAAACUGGUGCUGUACCACGUUCCCCACCACUGGGCCUUGUUAUCUUACUGUAUUCUCUAGGAGUGGAUAAUACUGUCCAAGUAGUUAACUUAUUUAGAGACUUUUGUUCCCCUGUGGGCAUUGACUCCAUCCCACCUGAUGUGCGGGGAAGUUGUGGGCCUGUUUCUGAGAACAGCUGAAUCAAUGGCUGUACAUACGAAACCAAUCUAAGAGCUUUCUUUUGGGUGUGGGUUUGUUUUUGUUAUUAAUUUUGAAAUAUACUUUGAACACUGGGAUCUCUGAAACUACCAUGUCUCUAGAACUGUAAUUGUGAAAGGAUCUCGCUUUCAGCUUUACAAUUAGAAGUUCUUCCCAAAUAAAACAUGAUUAAGUGUG